ACACCGCAACAGCACCGCAACACACCGCAACAUAACCACAACCAGACGCACCAGCUCCCUAACAGACCUCCUGAAGAGCCUCGUAUACGUAGCGCUGCUGACGCGGUACAGCGCGGCACACAGUCUCGCUACGCACCCGCCCCAUGUCGCCGCGCAGCCGCUGCCACUCAAACAAGAAAUCUCGCUACCGAUCAGCAAUGCGAUGAGUAAAGGUAACAUGCCGGGUCUGUACGAGCGCUGCACCGACGCCUGCUCUGCGGCCUCGAACACAGAAUGCGUGAACGGAACGUGCGUCUGUCGUCACCACCAUCCUGUGAAGCUGCAGCACAGCAAGGCCUGCUCCAGAGCAUUGCUGUAUGGUGACCGAUGUGACGAGGACAUACAGUGUCGUCACUACGAUAACAACACGGAGUGCAACUUCGACCUGGACUCGUACCGACAGUGCAUCUGCAAGCCUGGAUACGAGAUGCGGCAUAUAACAGGGCUGCACCCACCCAAUAUCUGCUUCGCGGGCAUCGAGAUGCUGAAGGCCGACAUGCCUUCGUUCCUGGGCAUGGGUCUGGCGCUGUCUAUGUUUUCAGCAGUGCUGUGUCUGGUGCUCAAGAUCUUCGCUCGUGCGCGCUACGGACGCACGCGACGCUUCGCUAACGCCAACAUCGCACCACCCCUCACGGUCUCAGAAACAUACGCCGCGUUCGCGCUGGCCAACAGCCAGGGCUCGCUCAGCCCCAGAAGCGAACGUCUGAACCGACGUUCAUCGUCCCGUCGUACGUCGUACGCGAGCUACAAGACGGGCUCGCGAUGCCCGUCUAUGACGUCUCUACGGUCUGCAGACCUCGUCAGAACGGGCAGCUACACCAGAGCUGGUUCUCGCAGACCUUCAAUGAGUUCGUUGCGGUCUGGCAGCUUUGCCAUCGUAGACCCUCGUGGGGUGCUGGACAGAGGAGACCAUUACCUGGUCUACAUCAGAACUCCUGCCAGGUCCCAUACAUCAGACCUGACCAGCAGCUCGGGAGACACACCUAAGGUCACCACCCCUCACGGUGGCAACAGAAGCACUGAGCAGUUGUUUGCUGUGUACCACACUCUGGCGGAGCGUUCGCCUGGGGGUGACAACAGUCGCGGCAGUGGGAGUUCGCCUGGGUGUAGCGGGGCAGGCGGGAGUUCUAAGACUAGCGUCUUCCGCCUGCCGAGUUCAGGAGCCUCAGACGCUCACAGGAGCAUGUCGAGUGAGGACGUGUUCCUGGAGGAGCAGGAGGAGGAAGAGGAGGUAGAGACGGUGGCUGUCAAGCCUCAGGACUGUCAGGUGCUUAUUGAAGAGGAUGAGGAGAGUGAAGGAGAGACGUCGGUCGCCGCCAAGCUUGUUAAAUAAAAGAGGUUUGAAAUUGAGACGUGUAAUCCCUGACGAGUGUGACAAGGCAUGUAAGACUAAAACAAGGGCAUUUGGCAAGACAUGUAAGACUGAAACAGGGGCAUGUGACAAGGCAUGUAAGACUGAAACAAGGGCAUGUGACAAGGCAUGUAAGACUGAAACAAGGGCAUGUGACAAGGCAUGUAAGACAAAAAGCUUCUUAGAUCAAAAGAGUCUCGGAUUAUUGACGCAAAAAGCUUAACAAUGUUCAUGAUGAUUGACAUUAGAGAU